AUGCCAAGGAAUAUCUUCUGCGAGGUCGCAGACGGGCCACGGCACGCCGACCAUUCGACUGCAGCGUUGUCGAGGACACUUGAUCUGCGAUAUGCUCCUUUCAUCACUGCUGUUUGUGUCGCUGCUGUACUCAGCGUGGGCCACAGAUUCAACAUGGGCUAGCAUUCCGAUGAAUGUUCCUUCUCAGCUCACAAACUUGAAUUUCAACUACGCCACUGUGACCACCUACUUUGGCACACCACCUCAACAAAUGAAUCUUACGAUUGACGUUUCCACUGGCGAAAUGGCCGCAUAUUCAGUGGACUGCGUGUUUUGCAGUGGCGAAACUUUUUUCGAUGCUUCAUUGUCCUCAACGUUCCAACAUCUCAAUUCUCCUUGGGCUCAGGCACGACCUGAUUUCAACGGUUCAGAGUCCAGUGAUACCAUGAGUUUUGGCGGGAUUCUCACUGUGACGGACGCGCAAUUUGUGCUAAUUGACACCGGAUCAUACUCACUCGCAAGACAAACGAUGCACAAUGGAUUUCUUGGGGCGUUUCUGAAUCCCCUUAACAGCACCAUAGUCACGGAUAACAUAUUUUCUCAACUCUAUCAGUCAAAGCAGUUGUUGAAUCCCGUUAUCGGUAUGCGAUUUGACCCGCGAAGCCCCAAACUAACAGUUGGUGCUCUCGACGCGAAUGAUUAUGAAGGGACUAUCAAUUGGGUUCAGUUGGAGUCUAACCCAUCGUGGGAUGCAUUUAACACGUUCCAAGUCGACGGCCUCAAAGGGUAUAAUGGGUCAUUUGUCCCACAGGGUUCAGGUGGUCUGUUUGCUAGCAUCGACUCUUUGCUCCCAUCAAUAGCUGUCCAAAACGUGUCUACGUACGCCACUAAUAAUGGAUACAUCGGUCCAGCCGGUGCCGCCGUUACCAUCGAUAAACAGACUAACGUCGCAUCCCUGCUCUGCGAUGAAACCUACCCUUAUAUUCCCUUGACGGUGUCUAUCAAUGGCGUCGAUUAUCAGGUUGAUUCCAGUAACAACCUGCUUUACUCUCGACAAAUUCAGUUAGGUCUUUGCACUCUCGGCAUGACGAAUCGUUCCGACACCCUACCACCUAACUUUAUCCUCGGACAACCUUUCCUGAGGAGCGUCUACGUCGCUUACCGUUUCCCCACGGACAAUUGCCCAGGGUACUACGGCUUCGCUUUUGCUAAAGGUGCCAACCGCACGCAGGCACAAAUUUCUCAGACUCCGACAUCCACCCCGACCAAUAGUGCUCAGUGUCUUUCAUUCGCAAGUCCGACGUCAACGCCUUCUGCGACUAUUGUCACGGCGCGGCAGGCGCUAUUGUCUUCGGAAAAGUAUAGUGUGUAUGGGAGCACAAAUGCGUCUCAAGUGCCAUUGAUCGAUGUCGAAAACCUGUCCAAGAUGACAUGGAACGCGACCAAUCUUUAUUAAUGAUACUUAUACGAAACUCAUCUGGACUUUGUGCACAACUUUAUUGAGGCUGUCUUGCUGUAGCCAGAAGUUUGGACACGCACGGCCAUCUUGAUUGUCGUCGUCGUCGUCAUUAGUGGCAGGCUUGCUUGUAGACAGGACACGUAUUCAAGUAAUGGGUGUUUACAAGUCCAAAAGCCAAUUCAAGUACACAGUGGAAUAUUAAAUGUUCAUUCUUCGGCGACAGCAUGUUUGGG